CUGGUGUGAAACUACCAGAAGUCAUUACUGUUGAUUUUACAGCAGUAGAAAACAUUAGAAACAUCGACUUUUUAAACAUGUCAAUACUCAAAUGUCCUGUUUAAAGUAGCCAAAUAAGUUCGUCCCCUAGUUCCCCUCCUCCAGGGAAGAAAAGGGAAAGGAAAAAGGAGGUUUAACUGCAGCUACUGCGAACUCAAUCCGUGCUGUCCCCAUUUUAGGAGCGAAAGCAAAGAUGGAGGCAGCUAUUAAAACCGUGGUGAGUGUGUUCCUGAAGUCAUCCAAGGGCAAGGAAAACCUAGGAGGGAAGGAGUUCCAGAGCCUCGUGAAGAGCCAGCUCAAAAAUAUUCUGACGGGCACAGAGGACAAUGAGGCAGUAAAAAACAUGCGUCAACAGCUUGACAACAACGAGGAUGGGAAGGUCAGCUUCCAGGAGUAUAUGAAUCUGAUUGGCUAUCUGGCUCAGUCUGUCAGCGAGCAGCGUUCUUUGGAAAAAGAAACACAACCAGAGAGUUCAACCCAGGAGACGCGGGCUGAGGCGGCAGCCACUGCACAGGCAGAGCCACAGGCGGCAAAGGAGGUGGAGAAAGAAGACGAGCCAGUGACCGAGGAGGCAGCGGCCGAAGAGCAGAAGCCAGAGGAAGAGAAAAAAACAGAUAUGGAACAGGAAGGGGUGAAAGUUGAAGAGAAUAAAUCUGAAGAGAAGAAUAAAACAGAGGAAGCAUCAUAGGAGCUUGAGGAAGUGGAGAUUGUCGCAUCUCAAAUGCUUCUGUGUUUGUUUUGUUCGUCAUUUCCAUUAUUGUGAUAUUUUAAUACAAAGGCUGUUUAUGAAACCUGGCCAAUCCACUACAAAUCUUUUUUACUACAAAGAGCCUUAGCCCUCUCAUUACAGUUUUUUUUUUUCUUUUUUACAAUGGCUAGGACGCAUUUCUCAAUACUUUUCAAAACUCUCCUUACCAACGUUCAGCUUGGCACUUCGUAAAUUUCAUAUCCAAAAUGCACUAAAAACAACAAAACACUUAAAAUCAUUACACUAGUAAAGGUUGUUGCUCAACAAACACCCUUUAGGGCUUUUUACAAUUGAAAUAGUUAACCCUGAAUCAUUCUGUAAGCGUUCUUAUUUGCGGUGUCAGUGUCACUGAAUGAAUGAACACAGAACGCGACCUGUUUACACAACGGCUCUAGCAUUAUUCCAUCUAGGUUAUUCCAGUUUAAGGGGCACAAACCCUCAUAUAUUACGAGUGUGAAAUGUACCAUUACCCAGGGCUAAAAACGCGGUUUAAAACGACUUUAACCCGAGGUUAACCGCAGUGUAAAAAGCCCUUUUGUCACUUAGAACGACCUUAAAACCAACACCAACAAGAGAUGUAGCAUUUUUUCUCUUUUCCUAUGUAAAAUUACUUUACAAACAAGAAUGACAUCUCUUUACUGUUUAGAAUUUACUGCAGUAGGCUAUAUGUUAACCAUGUUAACAUUACAGUAUAACAUAAGUUUUGUAGAUGAAUAAAAUGAAAGACUGAUUAUGUGCUUAGCUAGGCUACCUUAUUGUUUUGAUAGUAUCUCAUUUUUAAGAUUUGGAAUAUAUUUAAAUAUACAGUAAUAUUACUCUAGAAGUGUAGCAAAUUGCUGUCUUUCUUUGUUGUAUUAUAUCAAGUUUUGAACUCGAGUUUAAAAGUUUUGAAAAAAGUAUGUUAAUGUGCAAAUUGACCUUUAGGUACAUUGAAUUUUGGUGAUGGUUGUGUUUGUGUAAGAAAAUAGUUAAUGCAAUAUGAGAGAUGUUUAGUCAUUAAAUGCAUGUUGUGCAAAAGCAAUGGAAAAUGAUCUGCAGUUUAGUCCACAUAGACUGCUGUCGUUUUCAAUGUGAAGAAAAAGUGACCUGUUGAGAAAUGGGUCCUAGCAAUUGUAAAAAAAACUGUAAUACUAAUUUCUGUUUGUAUGCACAUCAAUUCAUGCCUGUGAUUUAUUAUGUACUAGCCGCAAAUGUGACAAAUGGCCAAAGAGGUGCAAUAACUAAUCACUAUGUCCUUUUGUUUGAGCCAGAUUUGUUGUAAGGGUACUGCAACCACUGUGUCCCCUCCAAUAUCUCUACAAAACAACAAUUUUUAUUGCAUAAAUGUUUAAAAAAAGACAUCAUUUUUAAGAGUCCAUUAUGUUUACUUUUUGUUUGUGCCACCUCCUAAGGACAGGGUUACUUAGUCGACUCCGGUGCUAGUCGUAAAUGUACUAUGUAUUUUCCAGUGUUGCAGAAGCAUAAAAAGAGCAAAUUUUUCACCUCUCUUUUGUUUGAUGAAAUGCCAAUCUGCAGGAAUUUAACAUACUGCAUCACCAUUUAAAUGUGGGACUUGCAUUUGUGGCGCACAUGGGAACGCAGUGCAGUCCACAUACUUUGUUGUUCACAUUUCUGGGCCUUGUUUGCAUGAGAAUAAACAAAUUUGCUUUUGAAUAAUGUA